CCGCGAUUGUGGACCUUUCCAUGAAUUUGUUUAACAAACCUUCAGCAUGACCUUUUCUUCUUCUAAGGCGGGCUGGCACCUGCCAUUUGCUUUUCUGACGGCUGCUUUUCUUCUAUACAGUUUACUUGGGCUCGGGUUUACGCAGUGGUUGGCGAGUAGCCAGGCGCGACCGGCGCAUGCACUCGAUAACUUCCUCUCGCCGGAAACGAUCGAUGCGUUAUACGAUGAUGCACGCUUGCACGAUGCGAUACUGGAAUUGACGGAAACGGUUGCGAAGGCUUCUUUGAGCUAUGGCGAUAGCUUGGAAAGUGGCGGACUGAAAGACUUUGGAAAGAGCCUGUCGGCCGAGGUCGCGCGGAUAAGGGCCGCAGAGAAGCCAAGUCGAAACAAGAGACAGCUUUUUGGAGGCGGAAAAGACGGUGGGGGCCUACUCUCAGGCUUGGCUAGCUUAUUUGGAGGAGGCAAUGGAAACGACGGGAAUGCGACCGGCGGGGGCUUGCUCUCAGGCUUGUCCAGCUUGCUUGGAGGAAGCGGAAAUGCAACUAGCCUUGGUGAUCUCUUCAAAGAGGGACUUUCAGGAAUCACGGACGGGAUCGUUGGUGGCUUAGCAACACCUGCUUACUUCCUGGGAAUCGGUAUUGGGAUGGGCACGGAGAACGGUCUCAACCUCACUACACCGGACGAAUCGAAGCAAAUCGCAACCAAGGUAGCGGCCAUGAGCGGAGAGGAAGCUACCGGGUUCAACCUCGUCGCUCAGAAUCUCGGUUCCGGACUCAGCGGCCAGCUUGCACCCUCUCUGAGCAGUCUCGGUGGUGGAGAUCUGGACGUCGGAAUGCUGGCCUUUUCUCUAGCUCAGGGUAUCGGUCAGGGGACUGCAAGCGGUCUCAAUCUUACUCAGCAGCAGUUUCCGCCCACGAACGGCAGCGACAUUAUGACCAUCGUCAAGAACUUUGGCCUGGGCGCCACUGGGCCAAUCGCAAGCAGCAUAGAUGUUCAAGGACUGCUCAGUCAAAGUGGUGGUACCAGCGAUAUUAUGGCUCAACUGCCGCAAAUAGCAGCGGCUGCAGGAACAGGACUAGGACAAGGAGCAAGCGCAGGACUGGGUCUGAGCAAAAGCGCUGCUAAUGGGACUAUCGCCAAACGACAAGCUGCGAUCGACCCAGCCCAGAUGGAUGUUCCCGGCAUAGUAGGGAAAUUUACCGAAGGGCUCAGCCAAACAUUUUUGCAGUCCUCGAACCUCAGCAUGCUCAUGCCCGGCGGUGGAGGCGGGUUCAGCAUCGACGGUUCCACCCUCGUGUCGCUAGCUUCCGGAGCUGGCAAAGGCAUCGGCGAGGGAAUCGCUUUGGGACUGGGUGGAACUCCUAGAAACAGCAGCACGACGCUGGCUUCGCGGGCCGCCGAUGGCGGUGAUCUACCUGUAGAGCAGACCGCGGAGCAGUUCACGAAGAAUCUAAUGGCAAGUCUGCUGCAGAAUGGCGGCAUCAAGGCCAUCGGAGACACUGUUACGUCUAACGCUGGAGGUCUCACGAGCCAAUUGAAUGUUGCUCAAGCCGCAGAAGGGGCUGCAAGAGGCUUAGUGGAAGGCAGUGUGAGCGCAAUGUCGGCAGCUGGUGGCAUUCAGAAGGUUCUCAAAGGCGAUUUCCCACCGGAGCUCGCUACAAACCUUCCAUCGCUUCCCCAGAGUCAAUUCAACGAUUCAUUGAAUGGCUCUGUCGUGGCGUUCUCACGUGGUUUGUCCGGUGAGGGAGUCCUCCUUAUCUCUCAAUUGCUCAAUGGGAAAACGAACAGCUCUGGAGCACCGCCAGCGAAGCGAGAUAUUGAUGUUAGCGCAGUAGUACCUGAUCGACAUUUGAGUCGGCGAGCUGACGCCGUGACUCUAGCUGUCGACGGCCAGACGUUGGAGGGCAUCGCUCAGACCGGAGUGGACGCCAUCACAUGUUCCGGCUUUGGUGGACUCGCCGCUCUUGCAUUGGGCGUUACCCAAGGCCCAGCUCUGAAGGGCAAAAUGAGCAUCUCCCCGUCACUGGACAACUCCACUCUGGCCGCGCUUCCCAAAGGCCCUCUCACAGUGAUGAAUCAAGGCAACAAGUUCACCAUCGACCUUGCUGACCAAAUGGUGACAAUCAACGGGAUGGCAUUCAAACCUUUUGCGAUCAUUACCGGGCUGCACAUCUUCUUCUCGACAGUGGCGUUCUUCUUCGCUCUACCUACCUAUCUUGCGUUGGGAGCAAUCUGGCGCUUCUCGGACAUGAUCGGCCAUCCCGUCAAUCCUACCAAGAUGAAGAAGUGGCGCAUGAUCGCGUUAAUACUCUUCGCCCUUUUCGCGUUUAUAGGCAUCACUCUCGGGAUUGUGGGCAGAGGAUCGGCCGCGCAUUUCCAGACUGCGCACAGUAUCUUCGGCCUCCUCGCGCUCAUCUUCAUCGUCCCCGCCGUCGCCCUCAGUUUUAUGCGCCUCCGCACAAAUAUGCCCAUACCGCCACCUUCAGCGUUCCUCUUCAAGAACCAACUCGCCGCCAUCAAAGGCGCCCACAAGAUCCACAUCAUCGCCAACAUGCUCAUUCAACAGGUCAUGGCCUUCGGCAUGAUCUCCUGGAUCCAGGGCUUCUCCGACCUGCGCGCCAUCUCCCUCUGCAUCGUCGACGCUAUCCUCACAGCCCCCAUGCUCGUCGGCAUAAUGAACCUCGUUCUCUUCACGCAGAUCGGCGCCACCGGCCUCUUGAUCACGCGAUUCAUUCUUGAGCGACGCAUAGCCUUGAGCGGUGGCGGCAACGUCUACGUUAACGAGAAACCCCCAAAGCGCAGCGAUACGAUGCAGACCUUUGGCUUCGACUCCGCCCCUCCGUCCAAUCUUGCCCGCCCACCCCUCGUAGAGCGUCGCACAGCAGACCUCCUCGGCAAAGAAGACGUAGGCAUUGGCCGGCCGUUCGAGACGCGGAGACUCGGCUCCUCUCGCGACCUGGACGUGCAUCCCGGCGACCGCCUCCCUUCCCCUAACCCCUUCGCUGAUCCCGGCCAGCAGCAGCAGCAGCGUGGCUCAGACGGCGAGCGGCGAUCGCUAUUCCCGCCGUUCAGACCGAGCCAGACCGCAUCCAACAAGGGCCACAGACCCUCGUCCGAGUUACUCGGGAGUAGGUUCAUCAACUACGCGCCGCCUGAGGCGGAGGAGGAGAAUCUGACGGGCGGGUCGCCGGGGCCGACGCUUAAGCGGUUUGAGAGUUUUAGUCGGCCGUUGAAUACAGCGCGGAAUACAGCGCGAUAGGAGAUGCUGGCUAGCGGGAAAGAGUAGGGACGGGAAGCAAUUGAUAACC